CCCUGUUCCCAUGUCUGUCCGUGUUUGUGUGUGCCUACCUAGCUGUCCAGUUGGCCGCAGUUCUCCACCACGUAGUUCAGGUGAUAGAGAUUCUUCUUCCGCUCAACGGCGUAGUCCUCAGUUUCCUUCCUGCGAGUGAAGCGCCGCUCACUGUACUGCAUGACGCCAGCGAAGUUGUAGGUGUCGAUGUACUGCGUGAAGCGGUCGACGAGCCAUUGUGGCGUCACCAACUCGUCAAACACCCUGGAAAUCUGCAGGGCAGACAGACGACAGCCACAGGCAUGCAGUGAGUGCAGCCACUGCGCCCUCCGCUGCCUCCCUGUCAGUCGUCGCGUCGCAUGCGGUGCCUACCUGCGUCAUCAUGCCGACUUCAAAAAUGCCGAGAAAUGGGAACAACGUCGCGUCCACCUCUUCAAUUGGAUGCUUCUCCGCCAUGAUGCCGACAACCGGGUGAGCAACGGGAGACAACAACACG